AUGCUUCCUCGCACCAUCACACGCGCUCUCCCGCGCUCUGCGUUCGCUCGCACUCCUGCCUCCAGACUCCCUUCCACAUUCCGCCGAUGGAACUCUACGGAAGGUGGUGAGGAGAAGGUCAAGGGCCAGGUCAUCGGUAUUGAUCUUGGUACCACCAACUCUGCUGUCGCUGUUAUGGAGGGAAAGACCCCUAAGAUCAUUGAGAACGCCGAAGGUGCUCGCACUACUCCCUCCGUUGUCGGCUUCGCCCAGGAUGGCGAGCGUCUCGUCGGUAUUGCCGCCAAGCGUCAGGCCGUUGUCAACCCUGAGAACACUCUCUUCGCUACCAAGCGUCUGAUUGGUCGCAAGUACACCGACGCUGAGGUCCAGCGUGACAUUAAGGAGGUUCCCUACAAGAUCGUCCAGCACACCAACGGUGACGCCUGGGUUGAGGCCCGUGGCCAGAAGUACUCUCCUUCCCAGGUUGGUGGCUUCGUCCUCAACAAGAUGAAGGAGACCGCCGAGGCCUACCUCAGCAAGCCCGUUAAGAACGCCGUCGUUACUGUCCCUGCCUACUUCAACGACUCCCAGCGUCAGGCCACUAAGGAUGCUGGUCAGAUUGCCGGCCUGAAUGUCCUCCGUGUCGUCAACGAGCCCACUGCUGCUGCCCUUGCCUACGGUAUGGAGAAGGAGGCCGACCGUGUUGUCGCCGUCUACGAUCUUGGUGGUGGUACCUUCGAUAUCUCCGUUCUCGAGAUCCAGAAGGGUGUCUUCGAGGUCAAGUCCACCAACGGUGACACUCACCUUGGUGGUGAGGACUUCGAUAUCCACCUCGUCCGUCACAUCGUCAACGAGUUCAAGAAGGAGUCUGGUGUCGAUCUGUCCGGUGACCGCAUGGCCAUUCAGCGUGUCCGUGAGGCCGCCGAGAAGGCCAAGAUUGAGCUGUCCUCUUCCCUCCAGACCGAGAUCAGCUUGCCUUUCAUCUCUGCUGGUCCCCAGGGUGCCAUGCACGUUGCCACCAAGCUGACCCGCUCUCAGCUUGAGGCUCUCGUCGACCCCCUCAUUGCCCGCACCACCGAGCCCGUCCGCAAGGCCCUCAAGGAUGCCAACCUCCAGUCCGGCGACAUCCAGGAUAUCAUCCUUGUCGGUGGUAUGACCCGUAUGCCCAAGGUCACCGAGUCCGUCAAGUCCAUCUUCGGCCGUGAGCCCUCCAAGUCCGUCAACCCCGAUGAGGCUGUCGCCAUUGGUGCCGCUAUCCAGGGUGCUGUCCUUGCUGGUGAGGUCACUGAUGUUCUCCUGCUCGAUGUCACUCCUCUUUCCCUCGGUAUCGAGACCCUCGGCGGUGUCUUCACCCGCCUGAUCAACCGCAACACCACCAUCCCUACCAAGAAGUCCCAGACUUUCUCCACCGCUGCUGAUAUGCAGACCGCUGUCGAGAUCAAGGUCUACCAGGGUGAGCGUGAGCUUGUCCGUGACAACAAGAUGCUCGGCAACUUCCAGCUCGUCGGCAUCCCCCCUGCCCACCGUGGUGUUCCCCAGAUCGAGGUCACCUUCGACAUUGACGCUGACUCCAUUGUUCACGUCAACGCCAAGGACAAGUCUACCAACAAGGAUCAGUCCAUCACCAUUGCCUCCGGCUCCGGUCUCUCCGAUGCCGAGAUUCAAUCCAUGGUUGAGGACUCCGAGAAGUACGCUGAGGCUGAUAAGGAGCGCAAGGCUGCCAUUGAGGCCGCCAACCGCGCCGACAGCGUCCUGAACGAUACCGAGAAGGCCCUUAAGGACUUCGAGGACCGUCUCGACAAGACCGAGGCUGAGACCAUCAAGGAGAAGAUCGCCACUCUCCGUGAGUUCGUCGUCAAGAGCCAGUCUGGCGAGGCCACUACCACUGCUGAGGAGCUCAAGGAGAAGGUCGAUGAGCUCCAGACCGCCAGCUUGACCCUCUUCGACAAGAUGCACAAGGCCAACAACGAGCAGCAGCAACAGCAGCAGCAGGGUGGUGAGCAGCAGGGUGAGAACAAGCAGUAA